GGCCUUGGCCUAACAUUAUGGCUACGUUAGGUGAAGAUGCGUUUGACUAUAUUUACUCACCGUAUAAUCCCUACUCUUACCAAUAUUUGAGCAGCCGACCGAAAGCUUCGAGUUGGAGACCGAGGAGUUACUUGAACAACUAUGGUGACCCUGGGGAAUAUUUUGAUAACUAUCAGAGGGCGCAGCUCAAAGCAAUAUUAUCCCAGGUGAACCCAAACCUAACACCACGGGUGAGAAAAGCCAACACCAAAGACGUUGGAGUCCAGGUUAACCCCAAAACUGAUGCGUCUGUGCAGUGUUCGCUGGGCCCCAGGACCCUGAUGAUGACGACCAUGAGGCAGAGGCGGCGGGCUCCUCCGAAUCAAGUGCAGGGUAGCCCGGCCAGUAUGCCCAGGAAUGUGCGGUUCCGGAGGACUAUGGCCAUCUACUCCCCGAUUGUAUCCCCCAACCUCAACAGCUUCGUAUACAGGGGAGAGCAGCGGGAGGCUGGCAAACAGGGCCCCCAGGAGGCACCCGCGAAACCACAGCAGGAAGAGGAAGACAGACCCGAAGGAGUGAAACAAGAGGACGCCGUCCAGGAGGAAUCGGCCCUGGAGCAAGGUUCGAAGCCUGAAGAGAAAGGAGGUGAACCCACCGACGGCCUGGCCCUUCCAGCCGAGGAACCGCCUGAAGCUCCAGUAGAAAGUGAGAACGAGCCGGAAGCUGGAAACGCGGUCACUAAAACCAGCAAAAACGAAAAGCGCUUGAGAUUUCAGUUUCUGGAGCAGAAAUAUGGAUACUUUCACUGUAAAGAGUGCAACGCCCGCUGGGAGAGUGCAUACGUCUGGUGUGUACAAGGUACUAACAAGGUACUCAUCGGUCAAUGCAGGCACACUGCAUGGUUUACACUUCCUCAAAAUUGAUAGCGUGCAAGAAUGUGAACACCCUCUGGAAGAGUCGGAUCUGCCCAAUAGUAGUUUAAAAACAAAUGUGCAAUAGUCAUCCUGUUCACAGCAAAGGAAGGGUAAAUGCAACACUGUUUACACCCUAAUUUUCUAUUGGUUGUUUCUUCAUUUACAGUGCUGUACAAUGGUAGAAAAUGAAACAGAGUACUUGAAUCAGUUUAUUUUGCUAAUUAGUUAGUUGACAGACAAACAGAUCAUUCCAGACAGGAACGAAGACCGAAAUAACUCUG